GUUGAUCAAUCGAAGCUUUUUCUUUCAAUCUCAUAAAGUUGGUUCAAUAGUUUGUUGGUAUUACAGGUAGCAGAUGUUUUUGAACAACUGAUACUUUGAGUCAGGCUUGAAUGAAUAUAAACACAUCAGUUACAUUUAUAAAUCAAAACAGAGUUUACACAACCAAGGGAUUUAACUAUAAAAUUAAAUACAUCAAAAUUAUCUGUUUCUCAAAAGUUUGAAGGACACAAUGGACAUGGACUUUGAUUUUGAGUUCCCCUAAACGAAGCAACAAAAGAACAUCCAUAAAAACUCAUCAUUUGGAAACGGCUUCGCAUGGUUGCAUCCAAAGACAUACUCUUGUCAAUGAAUAAAAGGUCUCCUCACAAUUAUCCAAUUUGCCAUAAAAUACUGAAACCAAAAACAGCAUACCAUUGCUUGUCUACAAAUUAAACACCAUCAAUGGAAUAUUAUUUCAUUCCAAAUAAAAAAAAAUGCUUACAGAGUCAUGUCAAACAAUUUUAUUUCCAAUUUUCCUUUUUUCAAAAUUUUUUAUUGCAAAACAAAUCGGUUUCUAAUGAUUUGUUGAAAGCCAGUUUGCCUGGAGACAAAACAUUUUCACAAAAAUUAUGAACUGAAUUGAGUUUGAUUCUGAGAUUUAUAACUGGACGCAAACAAACAAAAAUUUCUUGGACUGAUAAUUCUGAACUUUAGUGAUUUUAGUACAAUUAUUACUCCUUUUUUGAAAAAAUCUUUCCGCUGUUUCUGACAUUGUAUCAAAUUGACGUAAAUUUGACCUAAAACGAAAAAAAUCUAAAUUAUAAUCCAGAAGAUAUUAGCAAAAUCGAAUCUGGCACCAGCGAGCAAACUUCAGUCGCUGCUCCCUCCCCCGCCCAGUGGCACGCUCAGCAACCCCGGCAGUCCCGGCAGCUCCCCGAAGAGGACCUUCAAGCAAAGUUGUGGAAAUAUUGAGCCCCUGUUUUGGUGGCAGCCACCCGUCGUGAACAGCCAAUUCGUCGUAUCACUUUUGGCAGAUGGUAGUCAAAUAAGUGUCCCUCAAACUAGCUGUGCCGCAUGUCGCAUAUUUUACAGAUCUCUCACGAAGACAGACACCAAACUAAACAAUCAUUUGGAUGAAAACGAAGAAACCCGGGAGCAAGAAUUUUCGACAAUUAGAAACAGCGGCAGCACAAACAAUCUGUCAACAUCACAUUCUACAUCACAACAACACCAGCAACAUCAGGGCGCUAACUUAUUAACUAGCAAUAAUACUAACCAAAGUUCUUCUCAGUCAUCUUUGAAUCGUCUGUUGGUGACUCAGAAUUUGGUGGGUGGGGGAAACAACUCGAACAGUAGGGGGAGCCUGUCUCAUUCUCCCAGCAACUCCCUGCACAAUUUGGUCUUCAGUAAAACUCACCUCUUGAGAAACAACAAGGGCUCGACUCAACACCAUUGGCGUAAAUCGAUAGUGCACAACGGAGGCUACGUGCCCCUCUCCCUUGAGGAGGAUCUGUUCCCCCCUGAGUUGGAAGUGAGUCCCGAGAGGACUGCGGUGGGGGAGUUGGCGCAAUACUCACUCCAACAAGACGACCACAACUACUUGGAAAUCAGGGAAGAGAUAGCCCUAGACAAAUUAUUCCACUCCAAACUAUCACUAUCAAUGCUGAUUGGAGAGAAAAAGAAAGAGACUCUGGCUCACAUGCACCUCAAGAUUCAAAGAGAGCUGAACGAACUCAACAAACAACAACCAUCUCCAAGACAGCAGAAUACAAACGCAAAUAGCAGCAAAAAUGAAGCAGGAGGGGACUGUACUAGUGAAAGAGGAGGCUCUAGACGGAAAAGCAAAGAUGCAGUGCGCAGUUCUAGCUUCGAUGACUAUAAUUUCAUAGGAAAUGGUGAAGCUCCUGCGUUGCGGUAUUUGAGAAAUUCCAAUUCAGAAAAUGCCAAUCAAGAAAACCCGCUUUCUGCAGAUGCCCUCAAGUUCAACAUGGUGCUUCAGUCAUCCCUCGGCGAGAGGGAGCGUCAAAGUCAUCACAUAGUAAUCCCAUCUUGUGACCCCCAACAGGAGAGGGGAGGGGCACAAAGGGCAGGGGCAGAUGCAGGAGGGGGAGCACUCAGUCAGAGGGGACAACAGGGCUCCAAGGGGACGGAAUCAGUUCACCCGUUGACUCCAGUCAGUUCCAGGAACAGCUCAACAUCCACUAGGAAGGCGCUCGAACAAUCGCAGGAAAAACUGUUCGCGUACUCGGGCAAAGUGAUGCAGGCGAAGCAGGAGGCGGAGGAGAGGACGAGACAGAUCUUGGAGAAGUUGGAGAGGAAGAUAGACGACCUGCAGUUGAGUGAACACACACGCAACAUACAACAGGGACUCAGUAAUCUUCCCCUGCACUCAAAUCAUCACACAAGUCACUCCCAACAUACUAGCAGCAGCAGCAGUAGCAGCAGCAGACAAUGGACGCAUAGUCGAGGCAAUAAAAAAAGCAAAAGCUAUCAGCAUCACCGGGAUUUGAACCCUAUCCUGCGGAGUAGCAGUCGGGGUCAGAAUGCGCUGUUGCCGAACACGUGGACUCCGAAUGUGAUGGAGGUGUCUGCAGCCACUGGAAGAGGAGCUACUAGUUCUUGCACUAACAUCAGCGAAACAUAUAAGUUUCAUCCACGUGCGAAAAAACUGGUGCACCAUCGUGACGACAUCCUCAUGUACUCAAACCUUCUCACAGUUCCCCCCUGUUUCCAAGUGCCCCCCAUCGGCACCACGCCCUCCUACAGCUCCAGUCUAGCAGCAGUUGGCGGCAUGCAAUUCAAUUACAAUAUCAGCAACAACACAAUUACUAGUAGUAAUAAUACAGCCAGUGCGUUCUACAAUCGAAGUAGUCUGGUGUCCAACUCCUCUGAUCGAGUCCUCCGAGGAACUGUCGAGUACACGAACUCAAUCACAUCCAGUGCUGUGAAACUCGGCAAAUCCUCCAAUGUAUAAUCGAAAAUAAUUAUUACUUUUAAUAUUUUUUAAUCAAUCAUGCGAUAUGUUUUUGAAGUG